UUUAUAAGAAAAAAUAAAAUGAAAAGUCUAAUUAGGCCUUAACUCCGGUUUUGAGUUAAGGUAGCCUCAAAAACAGCUGAUAAAUUUAUUUAUUUUUAAGCCAGUGUUCUAAAUACUUGCAUUUUAUAUCAUUGUAAAAAUAAUGUUUAUUUAAAUAUUAUAAUUAGGAUAGCAGAUAAAUAAUGUUGAUAAAUAUGACAUUACCACUCCGUAUAGGUCACUCUAAAUUAUUUCCCUCUGGACUUAUUAGUGGAUUAUGUAAGUUAAGCCAACAAAAAAAUGUGACGAAAACACAAGUCGCAUUUAUCACUUCGAAAAUAGCGCGACAAGGGCGACCACCUCGUCCACCACCGUUCGAUUACAGGAACAAACCAUAUACUUUUUGGGAUGUAUUUUUUGACCCAAUGGAAGAUAGAUAUGAUGAAAAUACUAAAAUUGUUGUUAUCGACGGACUACCAGGAGUUGGAAAAGAUAAAUUUGCACGGCAACUCGCUGAUGAAUUAGAAAUGUUCUAUAUGCCACCAUACCAAUGGGACGAAUUUCUCGUUACCGCGUAUGGAUAUGAUUACAGAAAUCUUAAUCACAAGCUGCCAAUCGACGCUCAGUACUAUGAUUUGAAUGCUUUUCUCAAAGAUCCAAAUGGCCGAAACAGCGCAGCUAUUCAACAUGGAUAUUAUAUGAUGAGAUUCCGUCAAUAUAUUUUUGCAUUGCAACAUAUAUUCUCGACUGGACAAGGCGUUAUUAUACAACGUUGUCCCUGGUCAGAUUUUGUUUUCACAAACGCAAUGUUUGAUAGCGGAUAUAUAUCUAAAGGUGGUCUUACUUACUACAACAGCGCUGUAUUAAACAGUCUCUAUCAACUUUUCAGGCCACAUUUAGUCAUAUAUUUGGACGCACAAAUUCAAACAAUAAAGGAUCGUAUCCAAAGAAAUGGAACACCAGAAGAAAAACAAUCUAAAGCUUUCACUACUAAAUAUUUAAGUGACCUUGAUAAACAUUACAAGAGUAGAUAUUUACCAACGAUUUCAAAGCAUGCUAAUUUAUUAGUCUAUGAUUGGACUGAAGAAGGUGAUAUGAAUACGAUUGUUGACGAAAUUGAACAUCUGAAAUUCGAAGGUUACGACAGAGACACAGAAAAAAUGGAUGAUUGGAAGUUUUCAACUUUGGAUGAACAGCGAGGAGCAAGAGAUUUGUUUUGCAAUGAAGGAGAACAAUUGAUGUAUUCAACACUUGUUAUACGUUAUGAUAUUCCGGAAAUGCUUAUAUCAGGACAAGAUUCUGCUAAACAUACUAAAGUAUUAGAAGAUACACAAGAGAAUAUGGGAGGUGUUCAAUACGAACCGGGCUUCGACCCGAAAUUAGAUAAAGGAGUUAUAUUUAAAACUAAAAGCGAAAGUAAUUUAAGAUAAACCAAUACAGAUUGAUUUAUACAAAGCAAUAUCACCGAAGCUGUUUAUAUAGUUUUCUCUCGAUAUUAAUUAGUCUUUAAGACUUAGUUGUGAAGUAAAUCAUUGUAAAAUUCAUUAAAUCCUUCGAGAGAAUAAUUAUAUUUUUUUUUUUUAA